AUGGAGACCCGGACGGGAGUUUGCCUCCCUGGUGCCAGGGUCUGGGAUGUGUCUGAAUGUGUCCAAGAUAUCAUGAAAUGGGACGGAGAGGAGCCCGAGGUCGUGGUACAUAUAGCUCCGGAAAAAGAAGGGGAUCCACACAAAGCAGAACAACAACCCAACGUUCAACGUAACUUGAGGAAAAUCUCGUCUGGACCACUUCGCAGGUUCCAGGCGUUUGAUGAGUGUCGUAUUACAGGUGAUGAAUCUCACCAUGUGACUCCCAUAUCUUUCAGCUGUGCAAUCGUCCACAAUGUGUCCCGCACAAUCAGCUUCCGAUGCGAAGGAUUCGUGGGAAGGUAUUUGAUUGUUUCGAUCCCAGGAAAAAACAAGGCACUGAGUAUCUGCGAGUUGGAAGUCUAUGCUUCAAUGGUCCCGGAAUUACAUUACAUAGAGCAGCAUACCCCAAGGCACAGAAGCCAAGAACCAGGGGUGCCAGGCAUGGCAUCAAAAUUCGCCAUACCAACUGGGACUGGUGAGCCGUUGGAAGAUGACAUGGCUAGUACCAUCAAUUACAUGGCCUCCCAUCUAUUGCAAGAUUUGACGAUGGAAGAAACGGCAAAGAAAUAUGAGACUCCCGCUAACUCGCUGCUGUUCGGCUGGUUCGGGUCAAGGACCAAGCCGGGCUUUGCCAUCCGUGCGCAAUUGGCGUAUUCCAACGUUCAUUCCCUCCAGAACUCGGAGGCAAAAAUAUCCACCGACGACUAUGGAGUAAACCUGGCCUUGAGUGGCUGGGCGACACAGUCAAGCACCAGGAAGUCCGCCGAAGCUUAUCUCGCCAUCGACGGCCGGGCGAGUACAUUAAAGAAGUUGAAAUCAUGUACUGAAACAAACCCGACCAACGAUCCCUGGUGGAUGAUCGAUCUGCAUGGAAUCUACCAGGUGUCCGUUGUUCGAAUCACCAACCGAAGAGACUGCUGCUCUGAACAGCUCCAGGGAGCUGAGAUCCGCAUCGGGAACUCGUCCAAGGGCGGUGGGAUGUCCAACGAACUGGCGGUGGUCCCCCGUAUUCAGCGCCCCAGCACCACCUUUCAGCCGGUAACUGAGUCCCAGUCACCAGUCACUUACGGUGUUAUGCCCGUUUCUUUCAGCUGUGGGACAAUCCAGGUAAUGGUUCCUCAGCGAUUCACCUUCGUCUGUGAGGAUUUCACGGGUCGAUUUGUCAGUGUCAUUAUCCCGGGCAAGAAUAAAACACUGACACUGUGUGAGGUGGAGGUCUAUGGUGAGAAACUGGCUUCGCUGAACAGUGAAGGUAUGUUCAUGUACACAUCCCACGCAUUCAGUCAAGGCCACUCUGUAGGGUCUGUCUUUGGAGUACUGUGUUCAGUGUUGUUCACCUACUAUAGGAAAGGUGACUUUAAACAAACAAACUCCAGAGAAGAUUAGCGAGAAU